UAAUAAUAGGAAAGCAUCUAAAUGGACUUGAAGGAUUGGUAUGAUAGAAGAAAUGAAGAAGGGUGGAGUUCAAGAAAUAGAUUUUGAGAGUUUGAUCAAGUGAGAAAUAUUAGAGUUUUUUUUUAUUUUAUAAGGGAGACUUAAUAGAUAGAGUAUAGAAUCCACACCCCGGAGCAGGAGGUGGCGGUAGUGCACCUAUCACGUUGGAUGCCAGCCGCUGUUAAAAACCAAGAAGAAGAACCAUGGUUACUUCGUUACUAUAGACAAACACUGCAUUUCCGAUGUCCAUGAUGAUGGUGCAGGUGGAUGUGAUGUGCUGUAAAUCAGUAGGAACUGAUCUGUCUAUGCUGGAUAUUGAUGAUUUGAUGACAGAAUUCUGUCAGCUGAAGAAAGAGGUGAAGUUACUGGAGACAAAACUCAGAGAGAGAGACCAACUCAACAGAAAGGAUGUAUGUGGUGUUUCUCUCUGUGAUCAAACAUCUCCAGAUCUUCUGCUUUCUGUCUGUAAUGAAGAGCAGAAGACAUCAGUGAAGCUGCUGGACUGUGAGAUGGAGCUGAAAACACAAAUCAAAGAAGAACAGACAAGAUGAAGAUCAGAUGAGGGUGAAGGAGGAAAGUUCACAACCGAAUGAAAUGGAGGAGCGACCUCAUCAUCUCAUAACUGGAGAAGGAUCUCUGAGCUGCUUGAACACUGAGAUUCAUUUGUCACCCAAAAACUCUCAUAAAGCGACAUCAAAAGAUUCUCUUGCGUGCGAUCAGUGUGGAAAGAUCUUCACUCGUAAAUACGAACUCAAAAUGCACACAAGACUUCACACAGGAGAAAAGCCUCACGCGUGCGAGCAGUGCGGAAAGACCUUCACUCGGAAACACGAUCUUAACGCGCACGUUAAAAUUCACACAAGAGAGAAGUCUCACAGAUGUGAUCGGUGCGGGAAGACCUUCGCUCAAAAGUCCGUACUUGACGUACACGCGAAAAUCCACACGGGAGAAAAGGCGUACGGAUGUGAUGAGUGUGGAAAGACCUUCACUCGAAAGUACAAACUUAAAACGCACAUGAGAGUUCACACGGGAGAAAAACCUUACAACUGUGAGCGUUGCGGGAAGACCUUCGCUCAAAAGUCCGUACUUGACGUGCACAUGAAAAUCCACACGGGAGAAAAGGCGUACGGAUGUGAUGAGUGUGGAAAGACCUUCACUCAGAAAUGCAGUCUUCACGUGCACAUGAGAGUGCACACGGGAGAAAAACCCUUCACGUGUGAUCAGUGUGGAAAGAGUUUCACUCACAAACACGACCUUAAUGCGCACAUGAGCAUUCAUAACAGAGAAAAACUUUGCGUGUGUGACCAGUGUGGAAAGGUGUUCACUCACAAAUACAACCUGAACGUGCACAUGAGGAUCCACACCGGAGAAAAGCCGUACACGUGUGGUCAGUGUGGAAAGAGCUUUACGUGGGCAGGGGGUCUAACCGAGCAUCUUCUCCAUCAUUCUGGAGUGAGAUCGUUUCAGUGUGAAGAGUGUAAGAAAACAUUCAUUACUGCAAAUAACCUGAAGAAACACAUGAAGACUCAUACAGGAGCGAAGCCUCAUGGGUGUUCCAUCUGUGGAAAGGCCUUCGCGCACCUUUAUUCUGUUACAGUGCACAAGAAAUCGCACACAGGUGAGACGUCACAUACGUGCUCUGAAAGUGUCCAAACCUUUCCUACGUGUGAUCAAUUUAAACAGCACCAAGGCGUUCUUACGAAAGAGAAAUCUCACCACUGCUCCUCGUGUGGACGGAGUUUUGAAGAAUCGAGCCGUCUUGAGACUCACAGGAAGAAGUUCUGCAAGAAGAGCAAAGUUCAUCCUCAGAGAACUGUUCAGACCAGAAGAUCCCAACAACCUUCUGUGGUGAUUUGCUAAAACUGCUGAUGAUGUAGAAGUGUUAGUUCUUCUAUCAACGGGUUUUGUCAAUGUGCUGGGCAACCAGAGACCGAUAAAUAAAACUUGUGCACCUUGGUACCAUCUUGUGAAGUGGAAGUGAUGACCGGAGUGUUUCGAGUAGAUACAGCCAACAUGAUCGCAGUCUGGAAUCAGUUACAUAAAGUGGGUCAGGUUUUUGGAUGCAAAUGUGUAAAUAUUAACCAUUUAACUUGAGUUAUUUAAAAGCAUGGGAACUACGUUUUCACAAAGAAUGAAUGUGUUAUAUUUGAACAGCUUGGUUCCAAAACGAGAUUUUUUUCAAAAAAUCAUGUUUUAACUGCGUUUCAUUGUGUUAGUUAGCUGUAUUAUUAAGUUAUUAUGGCUUAAAUCAAAAUAAACCAACUGUAGUAUGAUUGAUAUUCAUUUGAAUGCACAAUAAAAAACAUGACUUUUGAAAAAAAAUCUUAUUGUGGAACCACACUCUUCAUUUAAUUGAUAUUUUAUACAUUAAAUGAAAAUCUCAAUGUUGUGAAAUGACUUUUUUUAAGUUCGAAUGCUUCCUGUUGUUUUCACUGCAUUGCUGAUUGUCGCUCUUGCGAGAUUUCAAUGCGCUCCUCAACUGUCGUUUUAACAGUGAACGGGCACAGUCGUUACCUGCGGCUGUUUUAAGUUCAUAACAUAUAUGUAACAAUGUAGCAACAAUUUCUUAAGACUUAACAUUUUGUUUAAGGAGGCAUUUGACAUUUGUCACAUUUUAUGCCUGCAUGCGACAGACUUCAGAUUUCAGCAAUCUUAUAAUAUCAUGACAGGUCACGCUGCGCGACAUGGAUAUAUCAAACUUUGGUACGACAUGCAUGUACACUGUACGAUCAAUUUUAGGCUACAGCGCAAGUUGUAAACGCACAGCAACAUGAACCACUCUUGGGCAGCUGUGCUUUUCAUGUGCGCUGGAAAAAAGAUGUGGCAGCGGAAGGGAGCAAUUUAGCCAAUUGUGACCCUGGAUCACAAAACCAGUCUUAAGUAGCACAGGAACAUUUUUAGUAAAAGACAAAAAUACAUUGUGUGGGUCAAAAUUAUCGAUUUUUCUUUUAUGCCAAAAAUCAUUAGGAUAUUAAGUAGAGAUCAUGUUCCAUGAAGAUAUUUUGUAUAUUUCCUACCUUAAAUAUAUAAAAACUUUAUUUUUGUGAGUGGAUGGCCUGCCACAGUGCCCCUGAUUAACAACUUCAAAGGCAAUUUUCUCAAUAUUUUGAUUUUUUGCGCUUUCAGAUUCCAGAGUUUUAAACGGUUGUAUCUCAGCCAGAUAUUGUCCUAUUCCAACAACUCAUAUAUCUAUAGAAAGUUUAUUUACUCAGCUUUCAGAUUAUGUAAAAAUCUCAAUAUCGAAAAAUUGACCCAUAAGACUGUGUCCAGGGUCACAAUUUAUUCCCAUGUAGUGUUGAUCAAUACGUCAUUUUUAUGUUGCAUUUUUACUCGGUAGGCGUACGAUCAAGCUAAAUUAUUGACACUGCUAGAAAAUGAUCGCAGGCUGUCUUUGAUCGCAAGACCCUGACAUCGGCCGUCUUUCAGUCUCUCUCACUGUACGACGUAGGACCAGCGUUUUAGGAGCCACGACCACGGAAAUCACCACGGUUGUCAUCUCGUCUGGGACGGCCCAAAAUCGUACCGUCUGAACCCUGCAUUUCACCAACAUUAAUGCAGGAAGAGAUUUGGAAGACAGUUGUUAAUAUGUCAUCUGUCAAAACCGCUGAUACCACACGUCUAGAAGAACCGUCUAAACUAGUAUUCUUGGUUAUUUGUCAAGUCAUGAUAGUUUUGUAGAGUGUAUUUUUUAUGAUUGUAUUAAAGGGCCAGUUCACCCAAAAAAGAAAAUUCUGUCAUCAUUUACUCACCCUCAGGUUGUUCCAAACCUGUAUAAAUGAA